UAAAAACAUAUUUCUAUUCACAGAUUGAUUUCAGAGAGAGGGCUUCCAGCAUUAAGACAUGUGUUUGAUAAGACAAAAUUUAAAGGUAAAGGUCAUGAGGCUGAAGACUUGAAGACGCUAAUCAGACACAUGGAGCACUGGGCACAUCGGCUAUUCCCUAAACUGCAAUUUGAGGAUUUUAUUGACAGAGUUGAAUACCUGGGAAAUAAAAAGGAAGUUCAGACCUGUUUAAAACAAAUUCGACUUGAUCUCCCUAUUUUACAUGAAGAUUUUAUUAGCAAUAAUGAUGAAGUAGUGGAAAAUAAUGACCAUGAUGUAACUGCUACUGAAUUAGAUCCAUUUUUGACAAACUCAUCUGAAAAUGCGACGUUUGCUUCUGAGUCAAGUAGAAGCCUAACUGAAGAGCAACAACAAAGAAUUCAGAGAAAUAAACAGCUGGCCUUGGAAAGAAGACAGGCAAAGCUACUGAGUAAUAGUCAGUCCUUAGAAAAUGACUUGUUAAUGAACACAUCCAGGGCACAGACAGUUGAAGAUGUUAAUACAGGUGAGGAUCAAAACGAGAAGUCAUAUGAACUUAAGGAAGACAUUCUAGAUAAUCUGCAUAAUGAUGCUGCUGCCAAUACUGUAAAUGAAGAGGAGGAAUUAAAAAUAGAGAAAACUCAACUGGACCAAUCCUUUUAACUGUACAGCAUUAACUUUAUGCUUCAUUCCGAAAAGUUACUGAGGUUGAAGAGGCCUCAACUAAGAGGAAAUUAAUUUGGUAUCCUCAAAGUUUGAGAUUAUUAUAUAUUUUGUCUACUUUGAGUGAAAUCCUUAUGUAGUAAAACCUUUACAGAUUCCUGUUUAAAAGCUGGUAUUAUUUAUAAUUAUACUUGCUCCUUAUUAA